UCUCGAGACCACACCGCCAUCUGUCACAAGUCUUGGUCAUAGCAUGAUGCACUGCAGGAGUACGCGAUGGUCACAUUAUCACAUGCUUGUCACUCUCUUCUGCACUCAGUGAAUAACAAAAAGUCGCAUUCACAGCCUGAUCACGUGGUGCCAAGACUUUCCAGGCAUAAAACUCUCCUUCUCACCAGUAUUUGCUCCAUUGCAGCAACCAUUAAUCCUCAAUAUGGCACAAGGAACCAUGGGUGAUCCUCCUCAGGCUGUCUUGCACACCCUUGCCAGUGCAGAUGGCUCUGCGACAUACAAUGCGCCGAAUGGUGGAUUCAAGAUUGUGGCCGGUGUAAAUUACCCGGUCGAAGUCCCAUACCGAAGUGAUGAAAUUUCUGAGUCUACCUUUCUUGAAGUCAACCUGAGGCCACACAAUGGGGUGAGCAUGGUCAAAGAGCGACACGUCGAAGAUCUCAUCAAGAGAACUAUCCAGACUAUAGUACUCGGCGAAGAGACUCCCAGAACCAUGCUUCAAAUCACUCUGCAAGUGGUGAGUGUCGAGACUGAUGAGACAUUACCUGGUGGUGUCAAAGGUGGCGGUCAAGCUGAGACCUAUCUCGACAUUCUCGCUUCUUCCAUCAAUGCCGCAGUCCUUGGCUGUUUAGACGCUGGUGUGCAAAUGAGAGCAGUGGCAGGAGCUGCACUUGUUGCAAUUGGUCAAGAUCGGCAACUCGUGGUCAAUCCAAAUGUCCACCAGCGAAAGCACUCCAACAGCCUGCAUGUCUUCUGCUUCAGUAGCGAUGGCAAGAUCUUGCUCAUGGAGAGCGAGGGCAGAUUCGCCAUGUCAGAAUGGAAAGAAGCAGAACAAGUCGCCAGGUCAGCUGUUGUGGGACAUAAUGACCCAUCCAAUAUCAACAAACAGAAUGGGGAUGUUUCCAUGGAAGGCGAUGAUACGUCGAGAAGUUCGGCUACUUGUGUGUUGGAUGUUGUCAGAAAGGCCAUGGAAGCUCGGGUGAUUAAGGACGAGAAUUGGCGACAGGAGUCGUGAAUGUUACAGCAUUGGC